CGUGUGUUCCCAACUAAGAAGUUCGGUUUGGACAGUUGAGUGUAAAAUCGCACAGUAACCUUCAGUGGUAAAUGUAGAGUAAUAUUACGUAGGGGCGAUGUCAGGAGGAGCAGUGCUACGUUUUCUCCUGCCCAAGUGCAAACCGGCCGCGUCCAUGCCUUGGAAGGUUCCGCGUCGCAGGCCCGUCGAUACGAGGACGGGCUCUCCGCAAUGGGAUCUGCUUCCACAGGGCCGGGCGGUUCAUUUCAGUGCACUACUGCUGGCGGGACACAACAAGUGGUCCAAAGUAAAAGAUAUAAAAAUCCCGAAAGACGCUGCUCGAGCGCGGAUCAUCACGAAGUUUUCAAUGUUGAUCAAAGUGGCAGUGAAAGAGGGAGGAUCUAAUCCAGAGUUUAAUGUCGCUUUGGCGCAGUUGAUAGAACAGUGCAGAAACAAAAAUAUACCCAAAGCCACUAUAGAGGCUGCUAUCCAUGGAGCGGAGAAGUCCAAGGCUGCAUCCCACCACUUUUAUGAGGCCCGUGGCCCGGGGGGAUGCCUACUCCUCAUCGAAGUUUUCACAGAUAACAACACUCGUUCGCACCAGGAGAUCAAACACCUCUUACUGAAAAAUGGGGCGGUGCUCUGUGUUGGCGCACUCAAUAAUUUUGACAGGAAGGGCGUGGUGGUUGCAUCCAGAGAUGGAGUGUCUGCUGAGAGAGCCCUGGAGCUGGCAAUAGAGGCAGGAGCUGAAGAUGUGCACGAGACAGAGGAUGAGGAGCAGAGGUCUUUACUGCAGUUCAUCUGUGACCUUAGCUCCACGAAGGGAGUGCGGACUGCCCUAGAAGCUUUCGGGGUGCACACGCUGUCCACUGGGAUGGAAUACAUUUCCCACACUCCCACCCCUCUGCCCCAGAACCAGCUGGAUGCCAGCGCCACUCUCCUGGAGGUGUUGAAUAAUUACCCUGACGUGGUCAGGGUCUGGGACAACAUUUGUGCCCUGGAAUGAGACAGACUGGCUGGGUGGCCUAGAGCACUAGGAUGAGCUCUGGCUGUUUUUGCAGCUGAAACCUGCCUCACAGGACAUGGACCACAUCCCAGCCAUGUGCUUUCAUCUCCAGUGGAACCUCUGUGAUUUAAUUGAACUUUUUUUGUUGUUUUCUUCAGUGUUGCAAGAUGAGACCUAUAAGGGCAUCGUAAAUGUCUAGUUUGGUAUUAACAAUAAUUUUGCCCCCAAUAAAGCUGCUCCUGCUUAUACAAGGCUUUUCAGUGUGCCUGAAGUUCAUUAGAUGGGCAGGGAGUUGCUCAUCUAUCUUGCAGCACAUUAAGAUGAAUGCAGAAAUCUUCUGAGGACAUCUGCAGAUUUGGAUAUAUUGCCAUGAAUUUCAAGGGUAAACAGCCAUCUUUAAUGUUGCUCAUAUAUCACUCUGUCAGACAGCAUCCAGAUUUUCUUGAAGAAUUUGGUGAGCUGUUGUCCAGGAUAUUAACAGAUUUUGACAGUUUACUACUUGCUGAAGACUUUAACAUUCAUCUUCACAAAACUAGAUUCUGUUAGAAAGAAUUUUCACUUAAUAUUGUAUAUUUAUGUUUCAUGCUCUAAAGGUAAACAGGAUCAUCAAUGCAAGUUUCCAUGCAACCAGAGCUUUAACUCAGAAAUGCAUUUAACGCCUGAUUCAGGGAAUGAUAGAAGUCUUUGUAUCAUAGCACUGGACAGUAGUGAGGUGUCUGACAGCAUCAGGGCAAAAGCCUAGAUCCUGAAGUUUGAAAAGUUCAUGGAUGCUGUUAGCGAAUCUCAUAAGUGCUUAUUCAGCAAAGCAGUUAGUGUUCACAUUUAGCAGAAAAAAUUAAGAAGCCCUUCCUCUGGAAUCGCAGUACUGCUCUGAAAUAAAGUUUUUUAUUAAAUAUU